AUGGCCUCUCUCUUUACCACUCUUCUAGUGGUACUAGUGUCCCUUAACUUGCCAGCCCAAACCUACUGUGCCUGUGGAAAAGAAGGAGAAACCACAGCAAACAAGGAUUGCUUACCUUCUCCACUACCUAUUCCUCCACAUCAUUACAAGUCUUCACCACCGAAACCUUAUUUGUACAAGUCUCCUCCACCACCAUCUCCUGUUCACAAGUAUCCUCCUCCACCUAAGAGUCCGUACAAGUCUUCUCCACCGAAACCUUACUUGUACAAGUCUCCUCCACCACCAGCACCUGUUCACAAGUCUCCACCACCGAAACCUUAUUUAUACAAGUCUCCUCCACCACCACCUCCUGUUCACAAGUCUCCACCUCCACCCAAGAGUCCACACAAGUCUCCGCCACCGAAACCUUACUUGUACAAGUCUCCUCCACCACCACCUCCUAUUCACAAGUCUCCAUCUCCACCUAAGAGUCCGUACAAGUCUCCACCACCAAAACCUUAUUUAUACAAGUCUCCUCCACCACCACCCCCUGUUUAUAAGUCUCCAGCUCCACCCAAGAGUCCACACAAGUCUCCGCCACCGAAACCUUAUUUACACAAGUCUCCUCCACCACCACCUCCUGUUCACAAAUCCCCACCUUCACCUAAGAGUCCAUACAAGCACAAUUCUCCACCACCACCUUCACCUAACAGACCCUACAAAAACAAGUCUCCUCCACCACCACCACAUAAUAUACCCUACAAGUACAAGUCACCCCCACCACCAGUGUACAAAUCACCACCAUCAACGCCUCCCAUCUAUGAGUCUCCACCACCACCACCGAAGAGUCCCUAUGUUUACAAGUCCCCACCACCACCACCACCAAUGAAACCCUACAAGUACACCUCCCCACCACCACCAAAGAGUCCCUACACGUACACUUCUCCCCCUCCUCCUCAUCACUACUGA